UUUAAACGGACACUGUGUGUAAAAGGAAUUUUCAGCAUGAAGGACCUUCCUGCACAAAAUAUCUCAUUCACAGACUUCAAAUUAAAUGGUUUCUACAGCCUAGGAGAAUGGAGGCCUUUUUUAUUUAUUCCUUUCUUUCUUAUGUUUUUAUUGUCUAUCACAGCAAAUUCUAUUCUAAUAUAUUUAAUAAAAUCUCAAAAAUCUCUACAUUCUCCAAUGUAUGUACUAAUAGGUGUUAUGGCAGUUGUAGACUUGAUCUUGCCAAUAAUUUUUGUACCUAACAUGCUUUUUAGCUUUUUAUUUAAUUGGAGUGGGAUAUCUCUAACAGGUUGUUUGAUACAAAUGUUUGGCAUUCAUUUUGUUGGAACAUUUCAAAAUACUUUGCUUUUGUGGAUGGCAGUGGACCGUUACUUUGCAAUAUGCAAACCUCUUAAUUAUCACAAAUACAUGGAAAUCCCUAACUUUCUUAAGUUUGUUGUUGUGCCAGUAAUAAGAAACGGAUUCCUGAUAGUCACUAUGGUCUCUCUGGCUGGAAAACUGUCAUUUUGUGUAACAAAUGUUAUUGAUCACUGUUUUUGUGAGCACAUGGCAUUGGUUCAGUUAGCAUGUGGAGAUAUAUCUGUUAAUAAUAUUAUAGGACUUGUGUCUGCUUUCCUUAUACCAACUGCAGAUUUUUUGCUCAUUACUCUUUCCUAUGUUGUAAUUUUCACCUCUGUGUUGAAAUCUGGAAAAGCUCACAUGAAGGCCUUAAACACCUGCAUCACUCACUUAAUUGUCUUAACAUUUAGUUUGACUUCUGCACUGACUGCAUUUUUGUCAUACAGAAUAAGGAAUAACAUUUCCUCCAGUAACCGUGUAUUCAUAAGUAUUGUAUACUUAUUUUUUACGUGUUGUUUUCACCCAAUAAUUUAUGGAUGGAGAACUAAAGAAAUAAGACAAACAUUUAUAAAAUUUUUAAAUAAUGCAAAGGUCUUUCCUUUAAAAAUAUGAAUUACUUUUAUGGAUAAAUGGGUAAAAGAACAUGACGAUACAUUAAAGAUGUGACCUUAGCACAAGGAGCUAUUGUUCUGAAGAAUCAAAAAAUGCCUAUUGCUUGGCAGACAUCACUGAAGGUGUCCUGAAAUAUCAUUCCUGCUCUUGGUUCUGUAAACAAAGCAAAAACAAAAUGACUACUGCUUUUAAUGUGUUAUGAACAAAAUAUGGUCAUAUUGUCAUUACUGAUUAAUAGAUCAAGACUGAUGUAAACAUUAUUUUUCAAUCUAUACUCCACAACCCAUUUUAAAAAAAAUAAAUAAAUAAAUAAAUUAUGAUAACUUUGCAAAAAGAAAAAAGUAAAAAAGUCACAUUGAUGCUUGCUAUGACACUGGAAAUUUAGUCUAGGUGCAUCCCAUUUAUCUGGAUCAUCUUUGAGAUGUUUCUACACUUGUCUACAAUGUUGUCCACCCAUAAAAACUGCACAGUUUUUUUUGAC